AUGGCGAAUCAGAACAACAGGUGGUCUUCCCCAGCACAGGCCUACACCAGAUCCAACCAAGGAAAACAACCACCACCUGAGUCGGACGGUGGCUGCGGUGACGACGGUGGCCGUGCAUUUCAGGCUAGUAAUUCUGAUCAAGGGCAACAAAUCUCUUCAUCUCAGCUUCCACUCACUACGGAACAACUAGACAAACUGUACAAACUCCUCGAGUCUCCAACUCCUUCUUGCUCUAUAGCAACAAAAGGAUUUGAACUCGGGAAAGAUGAUUGGCAGUGCUAA